UAGAAUCAUGAAAAUAUCAAAUGUGAGCAAGGAAUUGGUCGUAUCGUAUAUGACCUUCGACAGUAUGAUCAAUGCCUUGAUGUUCUUGAACCAGUUUGCUAAUGCAGGAAUGGCCAGCUUUUCUAAUGGGUUUAUGAAUACACAAUUAGGGUCUAGGAGAAGCUUGACUUUCUUCCAUCGUCAUCUAUGGAUCACAAUAUUUAUAUUCAUUAUGGCUCUCCUCAAGAGACAGCUUAAAUUCCCAGGUAAAAAAGACUUUCAUUUUAUUGUUGUUUCAGGAACAUUGGGAGUCUUUCUGAACUUCCAAUUGAUUGCAAAGAAUUCGGGUGUUUUUACAUUGCCAUUUAUGAUGCUAUUCCAGCCCUUGUUUCCUGUUUUCGUUCUUUGUGGGAUAAUUAUACUUGGGCUUGAUAGGUGGACUGUCAGGAAAAUUAUUGGAUCAUCCCUCUGAGUAACUGCAGUACUGAUGUAUGCAACAAUUUACAAUAUACAAAGCGAUCAGAGGUUCUUCAAAAAUUUCUUUAUUGUCAUUCAAGUAACUACACCUGCAAUGGGAGGUAUUGCUUUGAGAUUUGCUGUGCUGAAGGGAAACCUUGGUGUGUUUAACAUUGCAUUUUGGGCUUCUACCAUAGCUACUAUCAAUGCUUUUGCGUACUAUUCAUUCCAAUAUUGGAAUGAGCCAAGUCCUCCAUUUUUCAGCCCUACCUAUCAAUUUGGACUUCUUGAUAUAGCUACUAUUUGGGUUUUCAGAAUCAUUGUUGACGCCUUCAAUGUAUGAACGUUCGUGUAUCUAGCAUCUAAAAGAAAGAUUGCAAAGGCAGCUUGUUUUGUGACCUUAAAUGCUUUCUUCGUUAUCUUAUUCAAUAUCUUCAUGGGGACUUAUGAAGGGUGGAUUUUCCCAUACUUAGUCUUAAUUUAUGGAGGAUACAGUCUGAUUGCUUAUGACAGAAAAAGAGUGUUCGAAAAAAGGAUGAUGCAACUAGUCAAAAUUAAAUUCUUCGCUCAUAUGAAUGAAGAUCAUAGAGAAGUGGUCUACAAUAACUUCAGUUAUAACCCGGAUAUGACUAAUGAGGAACUUAUGGCAACAAUGAAGCAAGUCUCUUUAAUAAAUAAAAGCAGAAUUGACUUUGAUAAAGAAAAGAAAGAAGACUUCACAAAAGCCAUUGAUAUGAGGGAAGACUAUUUCCAAGUGCCUACUGAGUCAGUCCGCCCAAAGGCUCAGAAUAAAGUGAUCAGCAAAGAACAGGAAGUCAAUCUAGAGAAAUCAUAUGCCCAUAUAAGGAAAACAAGGAAGGAUCAAGGAUUGGAUUCUGAUGAUGAUUCGUCUUAAUUUGAAAAUCUAUAAA